AUGGUUCAAUCACGUGAAAGAGGAUUCGUUCCAACUACAGAGUCAUCAACAACAGAUAAUAAUGCUGGUGUUACAAAUAGUGCAACAACAUCAGCAUCGACGACGACAACAGGAUCAGCAACAUCUAAACCAACACAGAAGCCAUUCCCACCAGAGAUAAGAUACUCGUAUCCGGUGGAAUGCAUGUUCCCGCCCGACCUCAACGGCGCACCAUACGUGCCCUACACGCCACAGCGCUGCUCAUUCCUCUACGACGCUGACGAUGAGACGAGCAAGAUGAAGUCGUGUUGCUCGCAGACCGAUGAGAAGACCUUCCAAGCACGUCUGGACAACAUUGCCACACAGUUCUACGCGCCGCUCUACGACUGCGCCGGCGAGAAGAUCAAUGACACGGGCUUCCAGACUGUGAUGUUCAACGGCUCGACGCCCGACUUGAUCACCACGUCCGAGUACCACGAGGUGCUGGACACGCGCUACCACGCCCACAUGUGCAUGGAGCACCUGCAGGCCCUCCAGUGUGUGUUGUGCUCGGUCGACCAGUACUCGGUGCUGGGCCGCUCUGAGCUCGAGCAUCGUCCAAACAACUACCACUACGAGGUCACGCCCAUCUUCUACAUGAACCCGUUCCCGCCCGAUGGACAGCCGGUCGUGCUGUGCACCGAGUACUUCUACCGCCUGUCCAACUACUGCCAGUUCCUCAACGUGCGCAAGGUGCCCUUCCACGAGCAGUACAAGCCGGGCAAUCGCACCGGUCGCAUCCCAUUCGCGGGCAUCACGGCCAACGCGGGACUACCCCGGGGCAUCACCAAUCUUCAGGCCUACGUGACUACGGACUCUUUGGAUGUAUUAUGGACUUCGGAUUACAAUUUGGAGAGAUACAUGGUCUAG